AGGGCUCAAAGCUUGGAACAGCGAGCGAAACAGAAGUAGAUGGACGCGCUAACAAGAACGGACAUGGAGGGGAGCCGCUGCCAGUUCUGGCUUCCCAAGAAAAACAGAUUCUGCGCCAACACCCUUCUCAACGAUUCCUUGUUCUGUGGCAACCACAACCCCAGGUCCAAUGGCCAGUGGAUUCCAUGCCCACUAGACCCUUCUCACUCUGUACUCAAGGAUAAUCUUGAAGGGCAUGUUAAGAGAUGCCCAUUACUCAAACAAGUUCAAUCCUUAGCUCUCCAACCCUUUUACCAAAAAGGCGUCAAUGCUGGCAGAGGUGAAGAAGAAGAGGAUGUGGAUAAUGUAUCUUCAGAAACCAAGAGGGCUGCUCUUUAUAGUAUGGGUGUGCCUGAAUUCUUUAAAUUGAUUGAAAAGAUUGAAUCUGUUCAUGGGUUGAUAUGUAAGGCUAUCCGUGACUCGUAUAAGAUGCCUGAAGCUUGCAAUAUGUGGAUUAAGGGAGAAGUAGAUGGGAAAUUGCCAUUUCAGGAGAAACAUGUUAUUCAACAGGCGUCGAUUCUUGGGAACUUGGAAGAAUUUGGGGUGUUAAAGAAUGAUGUUGGGAGGGAACAGUGUGGCUCUGAGGGGGCAUAUGAGGGUGAGAAAAAUCGUAUCCCUGCAGUGGUUGAGUUCGGAGCAGGGAGAGGCUACUUGACACAAAUGCUUGCAGACUGUUACGGGAUUGAAAGGGUUUUUCUAGUUGAGAGAAAGUCAUACAAGCUGAAGGCUGAUCGAUCUUUGCGACAGAAAGAGAGCUUGAUAUUAGAGCGUUUGAGAAUUGACAGUAAGGGUCUUUGGAAUCCUUUUGUUGUAAAAGAUAUUCUCUACUUCCAUUAUUAGAUAUCUGCUGCCUUUUAUUACAAUUCGGAUAACUACAUUUACCAAAUUAAUUUUCCGUUGACAAUUAACUAACAUUAUAAAUAUGUUAUGCCUAUGCAAGAGUCUCAAAUUUUGAAAAGUUAUGUUCUUUGAUAACCCAAGUAUCAAGGUCCGAAAUGCAGUGCAUUUAGAAUCCAACUCUCUCCGUUGACUUUAAGCGUACUCGCAAAACAUGGGUACUUGCUUGAGCACAAACAUUUAUAUACACGGAAAAAUUUUGAAGGCUGAUUUUAUUACAUGAAUUAUAAAUAUUGUAGCACUAGCUUCUUUUAUGCAACUAGGUUCGGUCAGUUAUGCUGCUGAAGAGAGGGAGUGUUGA